CCUCAUUGAUCUCCUUUCUAAGGCGACCAUUUCUGUUGGCUGUAUGCGAGACGGAGACGCUUGUGUGUGCAUUUCACUGGCCUUUCGCGAGUAUAUGGCAAAAACGGCCGCUUUUCUUUCUUACCCUGGUGUUCCCACUACUCUUUAAAAAUUCCGCCGAAAAAGAGGAGACGAUCUUCCAAAUCCUUCAGGCCGUUAUCUCACGGCUCCCCUCUUUCUGUACAAGUGUAUAAGCGCUACCCAGAAGGCCUAGGGAAAGCACUCUACCGCGAGCAAUUCGACUUCAACGCGGAGCCGCCUUGGGAUCCUAGCUGAUAGCGGGAGAAAUCCAUCUCCCAGCUUGUCCAUUUUGUUGCAUAUUAACAGGACCCAAAGGCUUAGUACACUCUCUAUGAUUGUCGGAUCUGCGGACUACGGUUGAGAUGAAAGGAUUUACUGAUGAACUGAACUACAUUGUUGAACUGCUUGAGGGAGGAACAACCCUCGAAGAUGUCAUUGACAACCACAUUUAUGAGCAAGCUUUGGCUGAAAAAAACGCAUUUGUUGUGGCUGACCUCGGCGCAUUGCUACAGCGGCAUGUUCUCUGGCAGAGCACCCUACCCCUAGUUCGACCGUUCUACCCUGUCAAAUGUAACAGCAGCCCUGCAGUCAUCGAAAUCCUGGCUGCUCUAGGAGUCGGUUUUGUGUGUACAAAUAAGGCUGAAGUCGCAAUGGUACUCAACCAUGAAGUCUCUCCUGAGAACAUCAUCCUGUCUGGUAUUUGCAAACAGCAGUCACACAUCAAGCAUGCCGCCAAGAACGACAUCAACUACCUGGUGUGCGAUAAUGAGGCCGAGCUCGGAAAAAUCGCCCGCGCUCACCCAAACGCUAAGCUGCUCCUGCAGUUGUGCACCGAGGCUCAAACAGAGGAGGCAAGUAUGGUGUUUGGCUGCUCGCUGAAAAGUUGCCGGCAUCUUUUAGAAGCUGCCAAAGAGCUGGGCGUGGAUGUGGUUGGAGUAGUGUUUCAUGUACCAGUGUCGUGCAAAGACCCUCAAGUGUAUGCCCAUGCCCUGUCUGAUGCCCGCUGUGUGUUUGAUAUGGGGGAGGAGCUUGGGUUUAAUAUGGAGAUUUUGGAUAUUGGGGGUGGAUUCAGUGGCUCUGAGUAUCAGUUGAAACAGACCCAUGCUGCUAUUAGACCUUUGCUGGAGGCCUAUUUUCCUGUUAUGUCUGGUGUGCGAGUGAUUGCUGAGCCAGGAACUUUUUACAUGUCUUCCUCUUUCACCCUGGUUGUAAAUGUCAUUGGCAAGGAACUGGUAGCCAGAGAUGUCCAUGGUGAGUCGAAAGCAGAGCUGACUCCAAGCGAUGACCCCGAGUUUUUGUACUAUCUGAGUGAUGGUGUAUUUGGAUCUUUUGUCGGCAAGCUGCUGGGAACCGUCAUUCCAUCCCCCACCGUGCACAAGAUGCCCCUCUCAGCAGAUGAGCCAGUGUUCUCCAGUAGCCUGUGGGGUCCGUCCUGUGAUACUUUGGACCAGGUGGUGGAGCACUGCCUUCUUCCUGAGCUCUCUGUAGGAGACUGGCUCAUCUUUAAAAACAUGGGAGCCAGUGGUCAUGAAGAGAUGGCGGUCAUCAGCGACUCAGAAAAACCACCUAUGUAUUACACAAUUUCUGAAAGCUCCUGGUUUGAGAUGCAGCAGGCUGGAAUGUCGCUUGAUAACACCAUGAAGAACUUUUCAUUAGUCCCGAAUGGCUUGUAGUUGAAAGCUCUGGUUCCGACCCCUAGCCUGGGCAUUUGAACGGCCUCUACAGCGAAUAAACUCACAGCCAUAAACAGAACAGUUAAUGCUUAGCUACUAAGAAAACCUGAUGACCAGUGGCAUUUGGAAUUGCAAAAUAAUUGUUCUUGUCUUAGGUUCUCACAAUUUAUUGGUCGAAAUGUUUUUUUUUUUUGUUUUUUUUUUCUUGUCAGCCAAACAGAAGAGUCAAAAGCCUCAUAUUUAGUAAUAACAUAUGCAACAAAAUGGAAGGCUGUGGAGAUGGAAUCCUGUCUUUGGAUUUCUUUAUCAAAACUCGUUUACAUAAUUGUUUAAUUUAAUUAUUUACUGAUUACCUGCUGACAGUCUUGUAAAGUUGUCUGUUGCACCAUUCUGCACUUGUGUAUAUUAAAAUCAAAUGUGAUUUUAAGGAGUUAUUUUAGCAUAUAGAAUCAAGUGUGUUACAGCCCUGUGUGUAGAUUGACACAGUGAAAUUUAGAUAUUAAUUUGUCGUAUUAGUGCUUACCCCUUAUUGUUGACCAUGGGUUUCUAGGACUGUGGAGUGCAACUAAACUCAUUUUGGUAACUUUCCACUGCAAGGCUUGUGGCACUGUUUCCCAACACUGACAUGUAUUUCAAACUGUUCCUUGGUUGUGUGCCAUGAUCAAAUUUAUGACCUCAAAAGACUCUUAGUAAGAACAUUCUUGGUAGGCACUUGCCUUCUUUUUUUGGGUAAAUACCACAGAUGUAUGUUUGAUAUUAAAGGAACCUCUGGGAUUGGGGAAGGUGAUCCUAAACAUGAUUAUUCAACCCCAUGCUUGAAGUACCAGUAACAAUCUCUAUUCAUACAGUGCUUUGAAAAAGUAUUCAUACCCCUUGAACUUUUUCACAUUUUUCCACCUUACAACCAUGAACUUAAGUUUUUUUAUUGAGAUUUGAUGUGAUAGACCAACACAGAGUAGCACAUAAUUGUGAAGUGAAACGAAAAUGAUAAAUGGCCUUCAAAAUUUUAAACAAAUAAAAAUCUGAAAAAUGUGAUGUGCAUUAGUAUUCAGCCUGCCUGCGUCAAUACUUUGUAGAGCCACCUUUUGCUGCAAUUACAGCUGCAAGUCUUUUGUGGUAUGUCUGUACCAGCUUUGCACAUCUAGACACUGAAAUUUUUGCCCAUUCUUCUUUGCAAAAUAGCUCAAGCUCAGCCAGAUUGGAUGGAGAGCGUCUGUGAACAGCAAUUUUCAAGUCUUGCCACAGAUGCUCAAUGGGAUUUAGGUCUGGACUUUGACUGGGCCAUUCUAACACAUGAAUAUUCUUUGGUCUAAACCAUUCCAUUGUAGCUCUGGCUGUAUGUUUAGGGUCAUUGUCUUGCCAGAAGGUGAAUCUCCUUCCCAGUCUCAAGUCUUUUGCAGCCUCCAACAGGUUUUCUUCCAGGAUUGCCCUGUAUUUUGCUCCAUCCAUCUUCCCAUCAACUCUGACCAGCUUCCCUGUCCCUGCUGAAGAAAAGCAUCCCCAUAGCAUGAUGCUGCCACCACCAUGUUUCACAGUGGGGAUGGUGUGUGCAGGGUGAUGAGCAGUGUUAGUUUUCCGCCACACAUAGCGCUUUGCAUUUAGGCCAAAAAGUUCAACUUUGGUCUCAUCUGACCAAAGCACCUUCUUCCACAUGUUUGCUGUGUCCCCUACAUGGCUUCUGGCAAACUGCAAAUGGGACUUCUUAUGGCUGUCUUUCAACAAUGGCUUUCUUCUUGCCAGUCUUCCAAAAAAGGCCAGAUUUGUGGAGUGUACGACUUAUAGUUGUCCUGUGCACAGAUUCUCCCACCUGAGCUGUGGAUUUCUGCAGCUCCUCCAGAGUGAUCAUGGGCCUCUUGGCUGCUUCUCUGACCAGUGCUCUCCUUGCUCGCUCUGUCAGUUUAGGUGGACGGCCAUGUCUUGGUAGGUUUGCAGUUGUGCCAUACUUUUUCCAUUUUUGAAUGAUGGAUUGAACAGUGCUUCUUGAGAUGUUCAGAGCUUGGGAUAUUUUUUUUUAUAAUCUAACCCUGCUUUAAACUUCUCCAGAACUUUAUCCCUGACCUGUCUGGUGAGUUCUUUGGUCUUCAUGAUGCUGUUUGUUCUUCAGCGUUCUCUAACAAACCACUGAGGCCUUCACAGAACAAGUGUAUUUAUGCUGAGAGUAAAUUACACACAGUAGAACUCUAUUAUCUAAUUAGAUGACUUCUGAAGGCAAUUGAUUGCACUGGAUUGUAUUUAGAGGUAUCAGAGUACAGGGGGCUGAAUACUAAUGCACACCACAUUUUUCAGAUUUUUAUUUGUUUAAAAUUUUGAAGACCAUUUAUCAUUUUCGUUUCACUUCACAAUUAUGUGCUACUCCGUGUUGGUCUAUCACCUAAAAUCUCAAACUUUUAAGUUCGUGGUUGUAAGGUGGAAAAAUGUGAAAGUUCAAGGGGUAUGAAUACUUUUUCAAGGCACUGUACAUUUCAUUAUAAAUAGUUGUUUAAGAUUUGGUCAUGUCCUUUGAUUUGCAUUUGGUACCAAAUUCAGUCUUUUUUUUUUUUUUAAGUCAUUGUUUUUGAAACCGUCUUUCCCAAGAGCCCUUUUUCGGACUUGUCUUUUUAUAUGGAUGUAAAAUUAGACCUACUGAGUUAGUUAGGAUAUUUUUUUUAAGCUGAAUUAAGUUAAUUUUAAAAUGUAUCAAUAAAACUUGAUCAUAUCUUAAAAUGCUAUUUACAUUCCCAAAACUAUUGUUAAAAUGCCCGUAUGUCCACAGUGGGAAAUGAAAUCACCCUGUUAGAAAUGUGAAAUAUUUUUGUCUAAGGAAAUAAUCAUGGACCAUGGCCUGUUUAUGACUGUAAAAUUGUGUUAAAGUAAUGAAACUACUAAGCUUAAAAUAAUACAUUUCCUAGUCUGGAA